AUGGCUGUUACAGCUGAAGAUGCCCCCAGUAAGGGAAAGCGAAAAGAAAGACAGUACACUCGCAGCCGAACGGGGUGUCUGACAUGCAGACAGCGCCACCAAAAAUGUGACGAGACACGUCCCAUCUGUGGGAACUGCGUAGGUACCAGACGUCAUUGCGAAUAUCCCACUGCAAUCCUCCCGCUCCGAGAGCGCAGAAAGAAAUGCCUUCCAGGUGAACAGCAGCCAUGGACCAAUGUAGUAACGAUUUCCAGAGCUGUUGGGCCUUGUACCGCUGGCGCAGCCCGGCCUAUAAGCAUGGCUUACAGAUCUGACGCGCUGUUGACAUCUACCAUGCAUAGCAGUGAUACACUGCGCAAUACUAUGCUCAUUGCUGGAUUACAUUUUGCCUGGAAUACAGGCCAGUUACAGUCUUUCGAACCCACGUUCUUAUUUCACAAGAUUGAAGCUAUGAAUAGUGUGAACAAAUUCCUUCGGAACUCGAGUAUGAAGUACGCCGUUUGUUGUGCAAUGGGAAACAUCAUCGCUAGUGAGACACAUUUGGAUGGCCUGAUGAAGUUUAUGGACAUUCAUAGACCACCCCACAAGGCAACACCAGCAGAAUAUGAGCUAGAUGAUGAGUUGGCGAAUCGAUAUGUUCUAUUCUCAUACAACUUCAUUCACGGCUUCAAAAGCCGAGUAGAAGAUGUUCUUAUAAACGGCAGUGUCACAAAGACGGGCCAGACACCAUCGCCCGCUCUUGUGGAAAAACUCAUGCAUGAGUGGCACAAGCACGAGGUACAGGGUCUUGACAUCAGACUGAAAUCAUUAAAGAUGAUCCCUUUCUUCUUUUCCGAACUACCCUCAAGUACAAAGUUUGUUGAUAUUGAUGGGACAGCUAUUAUGGAAUGCCUGGAGACGCUGACCUCAACUGCUCAACUCAGGACACAGGGCAUGGAUUUUGACGAUCAGCAAAUGAUAUGGCAGGAAGGUGCUGCGACUCGACUUAUGCUGGCCUUUGUUGAAUCUCAUAUUGAAUCCAUAUCGACUGGUGGCAGUAAAGGUCCAGGUGUGAAGGCUCAUUCUCGGAUGGCUUCAUCAUGGUCUGGCAUGGCUACAGCAACAGGCCUUUACCUCAACACAAUUCUUCGCUUCUGGAACGCUGGUGAACCAAUAGAGCCACGGCUUCACCGUCGUGUUUUACUCGUACUCCAACAAGACUUGGAGCGCAGUCGUCGAAGUGCUCAUUCUCUGAGUGAUCUUUGGUUCUGGAAGGCCUUUAUCGGUGCGAUGAGCGUUGAAAAGCACGCUGUUUCAUCUACUAGUGGUGUGUUGAAUGGGAUGAAGGGGAUAUACGAAGGCUUUGUUAGGGAGUGGAGUAUCGUAGUUGAGACCAUUCUGUGGGAACGAGCAAGAGUGGCAUUGUCUAGUAUAGUGUGGCCUGAGAUGUUUCACUCCGAGGAAAUGGCGCAAGAGCUGUGGUAUAGAUGCGUUUUAUAA